GUUGCGUUUCGAGCGGCCGGCGAGCUUGUCGCGUGUGCACACGGUGUUCACAUGUCGUGGCAAACAAUAAUUAAUUAAAACAAUAGUAUAAUAAAGGCAUAAACACACUGCGUUUUCAGAAAAAUAACAUCGACAUCUAAUAACCGAAUACAUUUUUAACUCCGCGUUCGUGCGCAAGUCGAUUAAAAAAAACUUCCAACAGACGUGCAAAGUGCCGUCGUAUACUGCAGUUACCUACGUUUUUUUGAAAUCUCCGAGAUGGGUCGAAAGUUCCCGUUGCUCACGUCCUGUCUGGGUUGCCCGCUCAAAACCGGAGCCAUCAUCAGCGGCGUCUAUGGAAUAGUGAUUGCCAUAAUCACUUUAAUUGUGAUUCUGACGAGUGACAUUAAAAUACAGACCAUCGUCAUAGACUUUUUGCCCAAAUCUAUCGUACAAAUCAUUGUCGCUAUCAACCUGCUUAUGACAAUAUUGAUUUCAUCUCUACUUUUGGCCGGGAUUUUUAUGCGAAAGAAGAUAUUGAUGCUUCCUUGGAUAGUACUAACAAUCAUGUUAUGCAUUGGACUAGUCAUAUCAGUGAUAUACACUAGCAUUGACUUUUUGAUUCAUAAAUUCUAUAUCACUAGCAUUGGGGUUCUAGUGAUCGGCUUACUGUGUGUGUGUGUUUACGUGUACAUGUGGUGGGUGACUUACAGUUAUUAUCAAAAAAUCAAAGAAGAAGAUAACCGGACUCCAUAUACCAGAACACCUUACUAUGGUUGAAACAUAAAGCUAAAAUUUUUUUCAUAAUAAUAAAUGUUUGUACGAUAAGUAUGCAAUGUUAUUGCCAAUAAGAUUUUUCUAGACAUGAUGAAAUAAUUAACCCUCAACAUUGUAUAUAAUAACAUUGUACGAGUGUAUCCAAGUUAUAUUAUCCAUUAGUUUAACAAGGUUGUUUUCCAUGUUAAUUUUUAAUGCAUUAUAUA